AUAUACAUAUAAUCUAAAAUCCAUUAAGUAGACAAUAGGUACCUCUGACGGAUUGGCACGGAAGUACAAAUGGUCAAAGGUAGUUAUAUUGGUGGAGUAGAGUCAGUCUGAAUUGUAAAUGUAAUAACCUCAAGUUAAUGAUUAGCAGAGGUUUAAAUGCCUUUGAUAAAAAAGGGCCAAGGUUUAACAAAACGGCAAGAACAUGUACCUUGGAAAUUAUUUAAAAGGCAGACAGUCAAGAGAGCAGUCGUUUCACUCCACCAUGACGGACAGAUUUACUGUAGCAAUAUUUGUCCUUCUGGUGUCAUGUAUCUGCAGGACAUUAGGACAGACAUGUGAAGGGAACUGUGGGGGGAAACUAGACUUGUGUUCAUGCCACCCAACAUGCACCUCUCUGGAGAACUGCUGCAAAGAUUAUAAAGAAUACUGUGUGGAAGUCCUGCCAUACUCCGGUUCCAUUAUGGGUGGGACAGAUUUUAUUGUCCUUAACUCAACGUUUAAUAACAGACCAGAGAUUAUAUGCAGGUUCCACGACAAUAUCAAAACUGAGGGGUAUGUGGAUGAAAACAGCAGAGGCCAUUGUAUUUCUCCACUUUUGUACGAAACUGGGUGGGUUCCUUUGAGCAUCUCCUCUGAUAAUGGCACUACGUUUAACAGAGUUGGAGCCUGGCUCUCAGUACAUACUGGAAAGCUGGAUGCUAAGUUUAAGGCGAUUCUGGUCAACUCAACAAAAUGGCAGUACUAUGCUACACCUAAAGUCAGUGGCAACCUUGAGAUGACAUGGAAUACGUCUUUGGUCAGAGCGGAGAAGGUCAACAUAGAGCUCUGGGGGUACAGGGAGACGGGAGAACCAUAUACCGACAUCUGGCUUGGUGAGUGGGCGUAUCUCUACUCGCUUGUAAAGGAUCAGCCCAACAGUGGAUCCUUUAGUUUUUUGCCCAAACCAGCAAAAAAUGGCUUUUCAAGUUGGGAGCUUGGCUCUCUACGCAUCAGCCCCAGCGUCUACCCUGAUGGCAUGUGGAAUGUACACGCCGCAUGGACGGAGGAUCACGCUCUGGCCUGGCAUCUGGAGGAGAAGUUCAGGCAGAACUCGACAGUUUGGGCCCUGGAUAAAUGUUUAGCAUGGGACCAGCUGGAAAACAAGCUUCCCAACUUCCUCAGGGAGAUCAUAGACUGCCCUUGCACCCUGGCUCAAGCGAGAGCAGACACAGGGAGGUUUCAUACGGACUAUGGCUGUGACAUAGAGAAGGAGAGCGUGUGCACCUACCACCCAGGAUGUGUUCACUGUGUGAGGGCUAUACAGGCCAGUCCAAUGUAUGCAGCAGGACAACAAUGUUGCUAUGACAGCACCGGUGCUCAGGUGCUGACCGCAGACUCUAAUGGGGGAAGUACUCCAGACCGAGCACACGACUGGGGCUCACCUCCAUAUAAGAAACCCCCUCGAAUCCCUGGACAGUCCCACUGGGUGUACGACGUCCUCAGUUUCUACUACUGCUGCCUGUGGUCUGACAACUGCCACUACUACUUCAAACACCGGCCCUCCAGUGACUGCAGACAGUACCAGCCCCCCACCUCAGCUGUGGUGUUUGGAGAUCCCCACUUCAUAACAUUUGAUGGUGUCAGCUACUCCUUCAAUGGCUACGGGGAAUACACUUUGGUGACCUCUUUUGCGAAAGGGCUGACAAUUCAAGGCAGAACUGAGCCUGUAAAUGGAACUUUAAAAGCAACACAGUUGACGUCUGUUGCCAUGCAAGAAACCGUCUCCGAUGUUAUUGAGGUGCGGCUGCUCAGCGAUCAUAAUGGCCUUGAGGUGCUGCAGAAUCAAAAAACCCUCUUGUUUUCUGAGCAGAGCUGGAUGGACCUACACGGUGUGUCUUUAUUUUCUCCUACCUCUUCAAAUGUGACCGUGAUGUUCAGCAGUGGUGCUGGAGUAGAGGUGCGCCUGAGAGAGGGAACCAUGACCACCACCGUACUCCUGCCUGAGGAGUUCAAAGAUACAACCAAGGGACUGCUGGGAAUAAUGAACGGUGACCCCAAAGACGACCUCACUCUCAACAAUGGGGAACUUGUGUGGAAUGUCACAAAUCCAGAGGAGGUGUUCAGCUUUGGGGCAGGCUGGGCCAUCUCCAACCAGUCUGCAUUGUUCACAUAUGAUUCAAAAAAUCUUUUGGACACAUAUUUUUAUGCUCCCAGACAUGACAUAAGUUUUAUUCCAGUUUUUUCUAUUCCGGAGAAUCCUGAUGACCCAUUAGCUAUUCAGGCGUCUGAGAUAUGCUCUGGAGAGGGCUCACAGUUCUGCAAGUAUGAUAUCCUGGUGGGCCGUAGUCCAACAAUGGGAAACGCUACAAAAAUGUCUUUCCAAAGUCACAUUUCUCUUGAAGAAGAUCUAAAGCAAGUGAUAUCCUGUGGAUGGCUUUCACCACCUUUUAAUGGAAAGAAGGAGGGGACCACAUAUUUACAGGGGGCUAAGGUGAAGCUUUCCUGCGACGAGGGCUUCACUCUCAAAGGAUCAUCGGAGCGCGUAUGCCAGGAGAACGGCUGGUGGACUGGAGAAGAAACCAACUGCGUGGCUCUCAUUAAUAUUGCAGGAAUUGUGACGGGUUCAGUCAUUGGAGCUGCAGCACUGAUUCUAAUUAUAACCACCAUCGUUCUUCUCUCCAGGAAACAGAAAAAAAAAGCUGCACGGACAGAAGAAGCUGUGACAACUGAGGCUUUUUAAUCACAACUCCUCAUUUAGUGACAAUUGUUCAACUAGAAAAUGAGUGCAUGCAUAAUUCCAUGCUACACAAUAGAUAAGAACGGACAAGUAAGAUAUUUUUUUAGUAAUAAAAACUAAAUGCAGAACUAAAUUCUAUCAAUAAGUGGAGCAAGGGUCAAUGCACGGUUAAAAAGUGACUAAAUACCAUAUUUUCUACUAUAUUGUAACCUGCCUUGCACCUUUGACCACACCCAACAUAACAACCAAGCAUUCUGGGUAAUAAAACUAUGUCAUUGAUUUAUUGUAAUGUGAACACACUUUGUAAUUGAAGCUUAGUGGGUUCAUCUAUUUUACAGUCAGUCGUUAGGUGGAUGAUCUACGAUAGGCCUAAAUCAAUGACUUACUGCACUUAAGUUCAAAGAGCUAAAUAUAGGUAAUUAAACUCUCGACAAAGGUCCGCACAACCUGCGGCUGUCCAAACACUCCAUUAUUGAUGAUGUCACACAGCGUUGACAAUGUUUUGACUUCUGAAAAAAAUGUAUGGAUCGCAUUUAUAUGUACUGUGACCAAAUUCAGGGGUAAUAAAGUUUUUCA